AUGAAUUGCUUCCCGUGUUGUGGCCCUCAAAAAAGUAAGAGCAGCAUAAGCAGGAGUGAGCAUGGUUCUCCACCACCACCGGAAACAUUUGCAACAAAAACACCACCAGAUAUUAAGAAACCAAAACCAGAGGAGGCAAACCAAGUUGAGACUCCAAAUAUCCAAGCUCAGAAUUUCACUUUCCGUGAGCUAGCAACUGCAACAAAGAAUUUCCGUCAGGAUUGUUUGAUCAGUGAAACGGGAUUUGGUAGAGUAUACAAAGGGAUAAUACCUGCCACAGGCCAGGUUGUGGCCGUGAAGCAAAUCGACCGAAAUGGGAUCCAAUGCACUAGUAAGGAAUUUCUGGCUGAGGUUGCAACGCUAAGUAACUUGCACCAAGAAAAUCUGGUGAAUCUCAUUGGUUAUUGUGCUGAUGGAGAUCAACGUCUUUUGGUGUUUGAGUUAUUUCAAGGGCGUACUCUAGAGAACCGUCUUUUCGAGAAUAAAGAGGGGGAGGCUCCACUAAAUUGGUUUGACAGAAUGAAAAUAGCAGCUGGUGCUUCUAAAGGACUAGAGUACUUGCACAACAGUGCCAAUCCUGCAGUUAUAUUCCGGGACUUGAAAGCAACCCACAUCAUACUGGACAAUGAUAUCAUUGUAAAACUAUGUGAUUUUGGAUUGGCCAGGCUUUCUGGUGCAGACAAGAUGAACCAUGCACCUCCAAGAGUUAUGGGUACCUAUGGUUACUGUGCUCCAGAGUAUGUAAGAACAGGUCAAUUUACCGUGAAAUCAGACGUAUACAGCUUCGGAGUUGUCUUGCUAGAGCUCAUAACUGGAAGACGAGCCAUUGACACGACAAGAUCAAAUGACGAACAAAAUCUAGUUUCAUGGGCACAACCCUUGUUCAGGGACCCCAAAAGAUAUCCAGAUAUGGCAGAUCCAAUUCUUAAUAAACAGUUCCCAGAAAAGGAUCUCAAUCAAGUUGUUGCAAUAGCAGCCAUGUGUUUACAGGAGGAAGCAGAAGCUCGACCUUUGAUCAGUGAUGUUGUAACUGCACUCAGUUUUCUUUCCACGGCUCCUACAGAAGUUAUUCCACCCUCUCUUCCCCCUGCCACCUCUAUCUCUAAGGAGAGUGCUGCCGGUGAUAGUGAAAGUGAAAGUGAUACAGAAUCUGGCAAGGGGAGCCGCAGGAGUGUUGCAGCCAGUGCAAAGAACAGAAAGAGUGAUGUAGAUAAUGAAGAUGAUUAUUAUAAGAAUGAUGACCAACACGGUUCAGAUAGCCAACUUCAACCAGCGGUUUCCUCUAAAACAAGCCGCAAAAGCAACUCCAGAUCAAGGAAAGAAAAGCUUAGUUCAGAUUCAGGAGAUGGAAGCAUUUCUUCCAGCAGCAAAAGCAGUAGGAAAUCACAUGGUGCUGUUGGUGAUCUAAGCCACAAGAACAGCAGAAAAUCUUCUAUCAAAGAUUUAAGCCAGAAGAGCAGUAAAAAAUCUUCUAUCAAAGAUUUAAGCCAAAAGAGCAGCAAGAAAUCUUCUAUCAAAGAUUUAAGCCAGAAGAGCAGCAGAAAAUCUUCCAUCAAAGAAUCAGGCCACAAGAGCAGUAGAAAAUCUUCUGUCAGGGUUUUAAGCCACAAGAGUAGCAUGGAAUCGGAGGAAGGAAGCAUUUCCUCAAGCUGCCGUAGCAGCAGUGUGGUGUCAGAGGAUGAAAGUGUUAUGUCAGAGCAUAGCAGCAGGAUUCUAUCACACGGAAACAUGUCUUUUGGCCAUGUCAGUAGUGUUCACUCAGACCACAGCAGCAGCAAAAGGACCGAACAAGACAGCAUACAUUUAGACCAUGCAACCAGCUUGGGAUCUGAUGCGGGAAGUGGUCACCCUUUUGACCGAAUUAGCAGCAGUGGAUCAGAUUAA